UGCAUUCUCUCUCUUGAUUAUGUGUCCAUCCUUAAACAUGUAUCUCCAUGUAUUACUCCUUUUGUUUUUUUCGUGCCUCCUGUUAGCACAACCCACGAUAGGAAUAAACACAAACCCUAACAUUACCACUGUAACGAACUCCAGCUUCUUCAUCCCCAAGCCCGGCUGCGAAGCCAAAUGCGGGAACAUACCCGUCCCGUACCCGUUCGGCAUCGGAAACUCGUCCAGCUGCUCCAUCAGCUCCUACUUCCAGCUCAACUGCAGCACUUUUUUUGACCCUCCGAAGCUCUUCCUCGGCGGCCUCGAGGUCAUAUCAUUCUCCCAGACUCAAGUCCGGGUCCGGAACAUCGUCGCUUCCAUGUGCUACAACCAGACCGGGGCCGUGAACGUUGCUACCAUGAUCUCGAUGUAUUGGGGGAGUGACUGGCCAUACACGUUUUCGGACACGGCAAAUAAGUUCACAGUCGUCGGCUGCGACGACUACGGCCUGUUCUCGGGGGAUUAUCAAUUAGGCGGGUCUUUUAGUAGCGGAUGUUUGUCCAUAUGCUCGAAUGAUACGGGUAACGUGCUUGCUGGGAUUUGUACCGGGAUUGGUUGCUGCCAAAUCGAUAUUCCAAAGGGGCUGAAAAACUUCACUGCUUCCCUAGGCAGCAUCAACGGUCACACCCAGGUUUUGUCAUUUGACCCCUGUACCUAUGCAUUUCUGGGGGAUCAGGACAGCUUCCAGUUCAACGGUGCAUCAGAUUUUGAGGACCCCACUUUCAUAAACCGAACCGUCGGUAAUGUAUCCGUGGUACUAGAUUUUGUGAUCGGAAACCAAACGUGUGCUGAAGCUCAAAACUCGAACGCAUCAUCAUACCUAUGCCAGAACAAUACUUCGUGUACCGAUUCACAGAGCGGCUAUGGAGGAUAUCUUUGCAACUGCACGUAUGGUUACAAGGGAAAUCCUUAUCUCAAUCCUGGAUGCACAGAUAUUGACGAGUGUAACAAUACCAACCUCGUCCUCAAUAACUGUGCUGCGAGUGCAAUUUGCAAAAAUAUUCCAGGAAGUUAUUAUUGUGUAUGUCCUGAUCAUUACUCUGGCGAUGGAACAAUAGACGGAAGUGGGUGCACUCCCGAGCCCUCACAAUUCCCGGUGAUCAAGUUAUCUCUAGGAUUGAGCUUUGGCUUCUUGUCAUUACUGAUUGGUGUAGUUUGGCUAUACUCUUGCAUCAAUAGAAGAAAGCUAAUCAAACAAAGGGAGGAAUUCUUCCAACAAAAUGGUGGGUUAUUAAUGAAACAAAAAAUUUCUUCAAUUGAUGGAACAAGUGUAGAGUCAUCAAAAUUCUUCACAGCAGAAGAACUAAAGAAAGCCACUAACAACUAUGCUGAGAACCAAAUACUCGGCCGCGGCGGAUAUGGUGUGGUGUACAAGGGAAUUUUACCUGAUCAACGCGUAGUCGCCAUCAAGAAGUCCAAAGUAAUGGAUGGGAACCAAGUAGAGCAAUUCAUCAAUGAGUUAUUGAUCGUAACACAAGUGAACCAUAGGAAUGUUGUGAAGCUUUUGGGGUGUUGUUUUGAAUCAGAGGUUCCCGAACUUGUUUAUGAGUACAUACCAAAUGGCACGCUAUUCGAGCUUAUUCAUAAGACAUUAUCCUGGUUAACAUUGGACAAUCGAUUGAGAAUAGCCACAGAAGCAGCCAGUGCACUUUCCUAUCUUCACUCUGCUGCUUCCGUUCCGAUCAUUCAUAGAGACGUCAAGUCUGCCAACAUAUUGCUAGACAUUAACUACGUGGCGAAAAUGGCAGAUUUCGGUGCUUCGAGAUUAGUCCCCUUAGACCAAACUCAAGUGACUACACUAGUACAAGGGACAUUAGGUUAUUUGGAUCCUGAGUACUUCCACUCCAGCCAGUUAACAGAGAAGAGUGAUGUUUACAGUUUCGGAGUGGUUCUGGCAGAAUUAUUGACCGGGAAAAAGCCUAUUUGUCUUGAGAGGUCUCAAGAGGAAAGGAAUUUGGCGACAUACUUCAUUGUGGCAAUGAAGGAAAAUAGGUUGUUCCAAAUUUUGGAGCCUCGGCUGGUGAGGGAAGGGACCUUGGAGCAACUCCAAGCAAUUGCGGAGCUUGUGAAGAGGUGUCUUUGUUUGAAAAGUGAAGAGAGGCCAACAAUGAAAGAAGUGGUGAUGGAAUUAGAAGGCUUGAGGAAGUAUAAAAAGGAUCCAUGGGUUAAUCAACAAAGUCAUGAAGAGAGUGAAAGUUUGCUGAGUGAAGAAGCACAAGCAAACACUUACACUGAGCCAAUAUGUCCAUCUACCAAUGAGAGUAAUAUAUCUGCGCAAUAUAGUUUCAACUGCAGCAUGACAUUCCCACGUAACAGCCUUCGACGUUAAGAGGUGACAUUUUGUGUGAAGGUACAAUGGUCAAAUAUGAUAGUAGAUUGUUCUUUGUUCGUGUCUGAAUGGUUUGUAAUAAGGUGAAGUUCUUGUUCGCUCAUGUUGAAGAUGGUUCGUGAAUUAUUUUCUGGGCUUGUCCCUUGAUUUUUCU